ACUCGGUCACCCAGUUGCCUCGCCGCGCUCGCGUGAACGGGGGCGGGCUCCGGCGAGAGGCGAGCGGCCAUGGUGGCGACUGCGAUGACGUCACCGCGCCGGCCAUGUCGGAGCUGAGCGCCGACCAACUGCAGCAGCUGUACCUCUGCAGUCUCCUGCUGGGCCGCAAGCGUGAGCAGCCGAUUUUCUCGUGCAAGGCACAUGUCUUCCACAUCGACCCGAAGACGAAGCGCUCGUGGAUCUCCGCCUCGAGCGCUGCGGUUAGCGUGUCCUUCUUCUAUGACUCCACCCGCAGCCUCUACAGGAUCAUCAGCGUCGAGGGCACCAAGGCGGUGAUCAACAGCACCAUCACCCCCAACAUGACGUUCACGAAGACGUCGCAGAAGUUUGGCCAGUGGUCCGAUGUGCGGGCCAACACCGUGUACGGACUGGGCUUCUCCUCUGAGGCUGAGCUGAACAAGUUCAUCGAGAAGUUCCAGGAGGUGAAGGAGGCGACGCGCCUGGCGGCCGCCAAGGCCACCAGCAACGGGGUGACGCCGGUGACGAGCGCCAACGCCAGCCCCAUCACGGCACGGGCCUGCGCCCCGCCCCCGCUGCCCGGCCUGGUCGCCGACUCUCCGCUGCUCGACCCCCCCAGCAGCGUGGGGGGCGCCGCCCCCGGGCCGCCGCCCCCCGUCGCCAACCAGCACGCCCAGCCGCUGCCCGGACCGCAGGCGGGGGAGAGCCCCAAGCACCAGCCGAAGGGGGCGGACAAGGGGCCGCCCGCUGCCCCCGGGGGCGCGGCCGCCCCCAACAUGGCUUCCGGGGGCUCCGCGGAGGCCCAGCUCAAGUACGAGAACGACAGGCUGAAGCUGGCGCUGGCCCAGAGUUCCGCCAACGCCAAGAAGUGGGAGAUAGAGCUGGCGACGCUGAAGAGCAACAACGUGCGGCUGACGAGCGCGCUGCAGGAGAGCACGGCCAACGUGGAGGAGUGGAAGCGCCAGCUGCAGUCGUACAAGGAGGAGAACGGACGGCUCAAGACCAAGUACAUUGAGCUGGAGGCGGCUAAAGGCAGCACGGAAGCGGCGGUGGAGCUGCGCAAGGAGCUGCAGUCGCUGCGGUCCCGCGUGGAGGCCCUGGAGCUGGAGGUGAAGGGCAAGGACGAGGAGAUCAGGCGGCUCGGCAAGCUGCAGGCGGGCCCUCAGGAGGACCGGGAGGAGCGCUUCAAGAACCUGCAGCAGGAGAACGCAGAGCUGCAGGCGGGCGUGUCGCUGGCCCAGGCCCAGCUCGAGACGGCCCUGAGCGCGCAGGAGUCCCAGCGCCGAGUCCUCGACACGCUCAACGCCCAGCUGGCGGCGCGAGUGCAGGAGCUGGCCGCCAUCCACCGCGAGAUAGCCACCGCGCUCCAGACAUGAGGCAAGGUCUGGUCUGCCGUGUGAGCCACCCACGUGUUCGCUCCCCCCCCUCCCCCCUCCUUCCGCGAGUCGCAGAGAAGGAACCGGUGCUCGAAAACACUCAUCGUUCGUGUUCCCGAGCAGUUCAAGAGUUCUGCAAUUUGUCUUGUACUGGAGAGAAAGGGGUUUGCUGUCGUUUCUUUCGUUAUUGAUAUUAUUGUAUUAUUGUACAAACCAAAGUUGUAUACUGCCAUGAAGUUAUUAAUUUUUUUUUUUGCAAUUGAUAUUAAGCACUCUUUGCAAAUUUCUGACUGUACAUAUUCUUUAGUGACUACUUAAUUGUCAGAUUCUUUCAGUAAGACAUGUUUAAUGUGCAUUGGUAUGUUUUCACGCAUACUGCCAUAUGCAGAUACUUUUUUUUUUAAGAUGAGUGUUUGUUUUACUCUUUGCUAGCCGUUGCCUGCAACCAUCUCAGUCAAAAGUGUCAGUGGUGCAGCGUAACCCAGAUAUGUUGUUCUCUCUGUUGUGAAGUCAGUUGAGCUUUUUGUGUGUCAAAAAAUAGUUCCUAUCUUAUUUUAUGAACUGUUUGAAGCUAUUACUUUUGGAAAGAUAGUUUAAAACAUUUUUCCUGACAUUGAUACAUGUACUUUUUAUUUCAAGAAUGCUAAGGCUUAGCUUGCUAAUGUUUUGUGCAAUUUUUUUCUACUUCUAAGAUCACAAUGUUUUAUAAAUGAAUUUAAUUUUAGAAAAUAACUCAAAUUAGAGUUAUAAAAUCAUCUAUAUAAACAAUUUUACUGGUAAGAUUUUUACACAAGUUUUUAAUUGGUACAUUACAUCUUAACAUUCAUUAAAAUAUAAUGGCGGAAUCCAGUGUGAAAAAGAAUCUCAUGUUCUGGUGCUAUAAAAUGUUUUAUUUUGACUAUUGUCCUUAAGAAUUCUUAAAUAGUAAAUUAUGCAGUUUCUUAGUUAAUGUUCGGUUGACUGAAUUUUUUAUGUUGGGAAAUUAUUUGAGUGAAUAUAAAUAUAUAAUUUUAGUAUUAACACCUUUUUUUUAAAUUCUUUCUAAAAUGUUACUUAAAAAAACUGAUAAAUUAUUUGAUCAAAGUUAAUCUUUCUCUGGGCUGCACUAGUUCAUAGUGUAGAGAAAAUUGUGGCUGGGAAUGCAUUUUUCUGUUAGCUUCUGGAAUAAAAACUCUCGAGAAACCAGAAAGCUGAGGCUAAACUGAUACUUGUGUAUGUUUCUGCUCCCUACCGGUCGUAAGAACAUGAUCUAAGUGCAUGAAAUGCAGCUAUAAGAGUAAGCAGCACUUGAGGAAGAGUAGAAAGUCAUUCAGGCUUACCGGUAUUUUAUUUCAAAGCAGCUUAGAAUUGAGUCUGAGUAAAGGGUGUCAUAAACAAAAGGAGCUGUAAAUAGGACAGACUAACUCUCGUUAGGCAGAGCAGCGGACUUGUCGCUUGACAGUACUCAUGCUACGUAGUGUUCGUGGCUGUUGCAGUAAGCAGCACUUGGGCACUGAUUGGCUAGCGGGUAGUUGUGUCGCCAGUUCUGUCAGCAUUAACUGCGCAGCAUGAAGCCAGAAGGUUUGUACUGAGAACUUCUCAAGAUUAGGACAGCUAGUUUUCAUUAGUUUGCUUCAAAUUUUUGGCUUAGUUAGUACUCACCUAAUUUUAAAACUUUUUCCUGUCAAUGUAUGGCAUUGAUGGGAAGGAUAUACCUAAUCAUAAAUAGUAUCUUAUAAGUUAUUGUGUUGGUUACAUAGUUCACAGCAGUUAACUAUAACCAUAUACUGUGUUAUCGGAAUAAACGAAAAUCAUCGAGAUGGAGGUUCAUUAGUAUUUUUUUCAUUUUAUCUGGGUUGCACAUUUAUACGUACAAACAAGAGGUACAUCAAGUAGUUAAGAUGAACAUUAAGAUGUUGGAGACGUACAUAAAGAUAGUGGAAUAGUUUAGUAAGUUACUGUACCUUUUUACAUUGGAUUUUGUAUGUUCUUGUGUGUGUGUGCAUAAUUUGUGUUUUAACUGUGUGUUGUUUUCAUCAGAGUGGAAAAAAUUUUUUUUGUGGACAUGUUCUUUAGUACAGUACAGUACAAUACAUGAUAUUGGUAACUAUUUUUUUUUUGCAACUGAAAUGAACUAGUUUAUAAAUUGUAAAAUAGCUUACAUUCACUUCAUAUACGUUUCCUGUACUUAGUCUUCCAGUGAAAAAAAAUUUACUUGUGCGUAAAUAGGCGGGGGAAAAUGCUUAUUUUUUUAUAGUCUGCCAUUCAUAUUAGGACUUUAGAAUAUAGCAAACAUUGUGACACUUGGAUUGAGGUUAGUUGUUGACAUUGCCCUAAUUCACCUAAUUUAUGUCUCUUCAAGAUUCCCAAGCUAGGAUAUAUAAAUUCUAGGGGUGUGCGGGAUCCCAACGCUUCGGGAAAAAAGUCGGGAAAAUAGGCUUCCCGAAAUGCCGGGCGGGAAUUUUAUUACUCCAGAAUUUUUCGGGAAUUUGUUUAAAAAUUUACAAAUGUUUACUAAUCAUGUGAAAAUGUUUUCUAUCAAUUCAAACUGUUUUUACAACAAUAUUUUUUAUGGAUUCGUACAUUUUUUUAAGGGUUUCCGUACUAUUUAAACGCAAAACAUCUUUUAAACGUAUGCCGAUCGUAGCGACAGCUGUGGUGUGCAGUGAAUUAUGAUAAUCGUUUACACAUAUCUAAUUGGAAUAUCAAAAACGUACAUGGAGUACCUUAAAUAUUGUAUGCGUUCAUAAAUAUAUUUCUUCAAGGGUACAAAUUUGCAAGAUACGUGAAUAGUCAGUUUUAUAACGUUAUUGCCGUCACAAUCCAAUACUUAACCUAAAACCACGUGUGUCGUUAGACACAAACAAAACACAUGCGCAAUCCAACCUUUUCGCCAAAGAUAUAAGAAAUACUAGACUUGCGUUACAUAACGAAGCGUAACCGUUCUCAUUACUUGAUAGCAGUGGCGAUGUAGAGAACUGUAUUGGCACUUUGAAAAAUAUGAAAUCACGUAGCUUUACACCACUGCUCACGAGUAUAUAAACAUCUAUGAUUUUGCUUUGGGAGAAAAAAAUAGUUGUUUACUGUUUAGUUUUGCGGGCUUUGUCGGCUGACGUUACGUUAUUAAGGCUUGUGCAAAGUAUCUGUUCCUAUUUUCGAUGCCGUUGUAUAUUAAAACAAACUAGCAGCCUACAAAUAAUGGAUGUCGCAACCGAUCAGCUUGUUACUUGUAAACCUAAAAGUGUUUGGAAGUAUUUUGAACGUCUGACAGUAAAUCCCUGGCAAAGUGUGUCUCGUGUGAAAAAAUUUUGAGAUGCGAUCAUGGUAGCACGUCUGGUUAUAAAAAGAGAAUUUGAGGAUGCUAAAAAAUAUGAUGUCGCCGCUGAAAAAAGGGCAAGUGAAGCAGACAAAAGAAAUAGCAGCAAAAAAACAACUAACUUUGCAAGAAACGUUUAAAUGGCCAUCUUCUCAUAUUAUAAUUAAAAAAUUGCUUUUUUUUUUUUUUUUUUUUUUUAAUUUUCCCGAUCCCGUCCCGUUUCCCGCGGGAAUAAUUUAUUUUUCCCGAAAAUUUCCCACAGUACAAAAACCUAUUCCUGCACACCCCUAAUAAAUUCGUUAUAAUCAAAUUUGAAAUGUCUUAGUGCAUUUAAAACCAAAAUCCAAAAAUUUUUCAAUAAUGAAUAUAAAUGCUUGAAUUACAUUUUUGAUUGCCUCCAGUGAGAACUUCUUGCCUUGUGAAAUUUAUAUUUACAUAAAGAAACACAAGUAUUUGUAAAAACACCCAGCAGAGAAAUUUUGGCAAUGUCCAUUUUUUAGGCUGGUUGCAGUAUAUCACAGUGUUUUGUCAUACAAAAAUUAAUUUGCCUUUGUUUCAAUAGUCAAAUGUCUUCCAAAUAAUAAACCAUGUUAGGAAACAUAUGACCUAUUUACGCAAAUCAAGCAAGAAUACCCAGGGCUGCCGUAUAGUUUAUUGCAAAGUGAAUUAAUUUCAACGAGCUUGUGUCUUCUGAAUAAAAAUAAACACUGGAUCGCUUUUUGACAGUUCCUGGGAAUGCAUUUGAAAUCGCUGCAGUCAAUUGGGGCUCGUUAAAUAGGGGUGUAGAAUCUGGCCAAGUCAGCCUUUUUUAACUUGAAUCUCCAGAUAAUCCGGUUUGAUGUAGAGGAAGAAAUAAGUAAAGUCUUGCAUGGUAACACAAGAUCACUAAUACUAACAUUUAGAACAUAAAAUAAAAAGCAUUUAAAAUGCACUAAUAAAUAGCUAAUAUUUUAAAUCACAUGCACAAUUGUAACUGUACAGUACAGGUAGCACACAUUGGACGGACACACUGAGUCAUGUCAGAGCUGUAUAAAGGACAUUUUCAGUAAGUACACUUCUUAUAUUGACUUCCUUCAAAUUCACAGGCUGACCUGGAUUUGUUAUCGUAUUUCUACCUCUGUCCUAGUUGUAUUGAUCCAACUUGCUAACAAUCUCAUAUUUACUUUGGUCAAACCAUAUAGAUAUUAUCAACAAUGAAUCAUUCUUUAGUAUCUCAGAAUUAUUAAUUUUUACUUUCAUAAUGAUAAUGAUUAACAUGUUUUGCUUUGUGACAGUCAGCUGAAACAGUACCUUAUGUUCAGAGUUUGCUUGGUUAGGAUGUGUAUGGGUAAUUAAAACUAAGUAUGCAUUUGAGAUGUGAAGGUUUAUUUUAGACUGAGAUUUGCAGUAGUGUUUUUUUUUGUACACAAUCACAGUGAAUAGCAGCUACACUGAAACCUGAUGUGAAACUCUUUAGUUGUUAAAUCUCAAGACUUGCAGAUAACUCUCAAUGGUUGUGAACCAUAUAUAUUUCUGUCUAAAUAAGUAUGAGUGAAAGAUUUUAUAUGAUACGGUGCAUAUUGAAUGUCUGAACUUUUAAUCUACUUGAACUACGUCUGUACUUGUGGAUUGUGUAAUAAAUAGCUUGCAGAAUAUCAACUUCUAGAUGUUCUGACAAACGCACAUUAAGAACUCUUAACAUAUCACGUGAAUGAACCUUUGCAUUUUCUGAAGUAUAAAAUAUUUGUAUUUUCCCAGGUAAUCCAUUAUUUGUUCUAAAAAGAAACUUUUUAUUUCAUAGUGUAAAUUGGCAGCAGGUCUGCCAAUUAAAUAUUAAUUAAAAAUCUACAGUUAGCUACUUUGUUUUAUCAUGUAAUGAAUGAUGCAUGUUCUUUAUAAAAUAUUUUUUUCUAAGUUUGAAAAAAAAAAUGGUUAAAUUUCUAACAAAAUAUGCAUUUGAUGACUGAAAAUAUUUGUGAAUAAAGUAUUGGGUAGUGAAAUAAUGUUUUUCAGGCUCGUAGUGUUUGAUGGAUUGUCCCAAAUGCAUAUGUUUUUAAUUCAGGUAUUAUAAUUUUAAAAUAUGAACAGUGGGUUUUCAAAAUUGAUGUGAGUUCUUUUUAUAGACACUUGAACUUAAAUUUCUCCCUUUUCCUUUGUGAAUAUGACCAGCUGUACAAAGUGACACAAAUGAAGUUUUUGAGUCGGAUGUAUUUUGUGUCCAAAACAUUCAUCGACCGACCAUUUCACAUUAAGUGUCGAAAACGUAACAUUAUUUAUUGUGUGUCAUAAGCAAAGUUAGUAGACAGUGAUGUAAAAAAAUAAACUCCUGUAAAAAAAAGGUUGCUGUGGAUUUUGUUAGGAAAAACAAAUGUUACACUUUAGAAAAAAUAUAUAUAUGAAAAAUGCACAACUUAGAGUAGCUAACGACAGUUAAUAGUGUGUUGUGAUUCGCCAUCGAGCGGCGUGUUGGCACGCAUCGUCGUGUGCUGUAUUUGUUGGCGCAGUGUUAUUUAAUAUUUUAUCAUCUUCCUCGACUGGAAGAGCGUUGUGAGGUAGCAUUCCGUAGGUGCGUCGGGUGCUUCGAAGGCGAAUGGUUGCUGCAAGUUGCAGAUUACUGUUAUAGGUCAAUUUGUAUGUAGCCCAUCGGCAAUAGGAAGCAGAAAUUUUGAGAAAUUGUGAAAUGUUUGUUUGGAUUAUGUUUUUUGUUUGUAAAGUUUUUGAAAUCAUGUGUGUUAGUUUGUAAUUGUGUUGAAUUUUUUUGGCACCAACCUGUAAUUGUUCCUUGGAAAUUAGAAACCUUUCUCGGAUGAUGAUAAAAAAAAGUGAUUGUCCAGUGCUACAAAUGAAUGGAAAGACUGAUUGUCAGUGGUUGAAAAUAGUUGCAUUACAUUAAAUUUGUAUGUGUUGGCUUGGAAAAUACAUUAUGUAGGUAAUGGUAUUGAUAGAUUUUUUUAAAUACAACUCAAAAAGGAUGAAAGGACAUCAACAGCUGAUAUUAUUUUAUAAUUAUAUGCACAUUUGUUAAUGUAGUAAGUUCAUGAUAUGUAUGUACGUAUGUAGUUCAGCUUUUGUUGUUUUGGUAACCGCUUUAAGUCUUAUCGUAAAACACGUGGAUAUAUAUUUUUUAACACUGUGCAAAGUAAACAUUGCAGAUUCCCUCUCAAAUGUAACAGAGCAAGUUUACUCUUGGGCCCACUUGUUUAUAGGUUGAUUAAAUCAUUUUUUUUUCUCUCUUACAAGCAAUUUCACCAAAAUAAAGGUGGUUUAAAACAUGAGGUAUCCACGCGUUCAUUAUAACAUGGUAAACGGGUGAAGCAGGCCACCUCCUCCCAGAUAAUAGCAUGUGCCAUGUUGGUUAAACACACAAAACAUUGGCUGAUGUGUAGUGUAUGUAGUGUGAAAACAGUUUUAAAAGAUUUUUGUGUGUGGAAGUGAAAUAGAGAUUCUAAUUCAUACUUACUAACCGCCACAUGUAGGGACGAGAUUACAUGGUGAUAGUGAUGUGUCGGUUCUACUUACUUCCUGGUUCUUGGUUCGGUUCCGAUGGUCCCAUCAAGUUUGUAUUAUUGAGGUUUGACUGUAGUCUAUACUAAACUGUUAUACCAUUGAAAAUGGAAUAUUCAUUUAUGGACAUCCUAUACUACAUACAUAAAGCAAUAUGGUUAACAAGAGGAGCUUCUCGGUAGAAUUGAUGUUGCUGGGAAUAUUGGAAGGCGGCAAAAUAAUUGUUGGUCAUGACAGUUGCUGGCAUUACAAGUUAUUGGUAAAAAAUAUGUACACGAGAUCUUAAAUAAUAAUAAUAAUAAUAAUAAUAUUACAAUGUGCUAUUGUACGUCUUUUUAUAUUUCUGAUGAGGAACCAACUCACUGCCAAAUUUCAAUAUUUUUCUCAGCGUGAAAAUAUUUUAGCAAUGUUGGUUUUGCUCACACUUUGGAACACCUCUAGCAACUCUGGUUAACAGUGAAGGUGAGCCAGCUAGGAGGCCUUUCAUAACUGUGUGCAUUAUGCAUUAAAGUAUUGCCCCGUAGAAUUUUUUGUAAGCCAAUAUAUUGUAAAAUAAAUUAUCUAAAUCAAACAAAUAUUUUGAAUAGCAAACUCGCCACAAGAAAAUGAACUUAUUAAUUUGAAACUUUUUUUAAAUUUGAAGUUUCCUUACUAUUUAGUGUGGAUAAUAAAUGCACUUGCAAUUAAGGACUAAAAAUGGUAGUUGAAUGUUUUAAUUAUUUUAUUUCAACUGGGCAAACAUUGCUGAAGAAUUCUAUCCAUAGAACUGAUCAAUGACUACAUGCCGUAAUGGGAUCAAAUGUAGAUGUAGUUUGUCAUGAUCGUCAUCUCACUAACUGGAGGGCGCAAGCGCUUCACUCGCUCGUUGGUGGACAAAGCGAUUGGCUAAUUGAUUGAAUGGAUCGCCUGGCUAUCAGCUGCCCGUGAUCAUGUUUGGACACAACUCUGAUGCAACCUGCUUCAUUCCCGGGAUGCCUUUAGACCCUCGUUCUUGCUUGGAGUGGCUCGACCGUUCUCGAGAAAUGUUGGUUAAUGGUUGGAUAUUAAUGGCCAGUGCCACGCGCCGUGGCAACAAGACUUAAACGAGCAUUUAGUCGCUUGAACCACGUGGUUACUUCAAUAACAUAAGCUGAGACUGAUUUAGCCCAGGAAUAAUUUUCUCAGAUGAACAAAAUAUCUCUCUAUGCAUACAGCGCGUAGCAUGUGGCAAUUGUGGUGGGGGAACGUAAAGUACCUAAUGUUAUUUUGGAAGCUGUGUUUGUUCCUAAAUAUUUUGUAAAUAUUUUUUUUUGGGACAAAGGAUGGUGCAUCAAAAUACGAGAACCUAUGUAUGUGUAAAUAUACUUGGAUGUGUUUAAUGGUUUUAUUUAUAGUUGUAAUCUGUAAUUUUUAUUUUUGAUACUUUUCACAUUUUUUUCUCAUUUGGUAGUUUUUUUUAUCUCCUUUAGUGAAUUUGUAUGUCUUUGUUAAUGCUCAAGUAUGAUACUAUAAAACAGAAAAAUUAACCUGAAUUUUUUUUUCUCUGUGUGCAGUAUAUUGAAACCAAAGGAUGUUGACAGUUGUAUAUUUGACUAUUCGCUAUACAAAUUCUGCUUCACAGUUGUCUGAUGUAAGUUUUGACUUCUCUUAGCUGCAGAACAUUAAGAACAUACCAUGGAAACAGUAGAGAAAUAAAAUCUUUUCAUAAA